CCAGACUCUGCACCGAGGACUAACACACGGAGCGCGCGGAGAACCUGGGAGAGAGAAAGAUAUAUAAAUAUAUAUACAUAUACUGAGAAAAGAGAGAGAGAAGAGAAAAAGAGAAAUAAAGAGACACUGACUGAAGGCGCGCGGGAUCCGUUCGCUCUCGCACCGCAUCAGUACCAGCGCAUCCUUUGCGCGCGCACAGCUCCAGCGGACCGGACCGUCCGCCGUGUUUGAGGACCGUGUGCGGGACGAGCGCGCCGCUCGCAUGAAUCUCCUGGACCCCUUCCUGAAGAUGACGGACGAGCAAGACAAAGGUCUGUCCGCCGCGCCGAGCCCCAGCUUGUCCGAGGACUCCGCGGGCUCCCCGUGCCCCUCCGCCUCCGGAUCCGACCCGGACCGCGCCGCCGCCGAGAGCCGCCUGCACGACUUCAAGAAGGACGAGGUGGACGACAAGUUCCCCGUGUGCAUCCGCGAGGCCGUCACGCAGGUGCUCAAGGGCUACGACUGGACGCUCGUGCCCAUGCCGGUGCGCGUGAACGGCUCGAGCAAGAACAAGCCGCACGUCAAGAGGCCCAUGAACGCGUUCAUGGUGUGGGCGCAGGCCGCGCGCAGGAAACUGGCCGACCAGUACCCCCAUCUCCACAACGCCGAGCUCAGCAAAACCCUGGGCAAGCUGUGGAGGCUUCUGAACGAUGCAGAGAAGCGUCCCUUUGUGGAGGAGGCGGAACGACUGCGAGUGCAGCACAAGAAGGAUCACCCAGACUACAAGUAUCAGCCACGGAGGAGGAAGUCGGUGAAGAACGGCUCUGGCGAGGGGGAGGACGGCUCGGACCAUGCUCACGUGUCGCCUAACGCCAUCUUCAAAGCCCUCCAGCAGGCCGACUCCCCGGCGUCCAGCAUGGGAGAGGUGCACUCGCCCAGCGAACAAGGAGGCCAGUCCCAAGGUCCCCCGACUCCCCCCACCACCCCCAAAAUCGACACACAGCCAGGCAAAGUGGACCUGAAGCGCGAGGGCCGGCCGCUCCAGGAAGGCGUCAGCAGUGGCGGACGGCAGCUCAACAUCGACUUCCGUGAUGUGGACAUCGGCGAGCUGAGCAGUGACGUCAUCUCACACAUGGAGAGCUUCGACGUGGCUGAGUUCGACCAGUACCUUCCACCCAACGGGCAUCCGGGCACUGCCUACGUGGGCGGCUACAGCCUGGCCGGUCCCGGCACAGUUGGUCAGGCGGCGGCAGGAGGUGUCUGGAUGAGCAAGACCCAGAGUGGGAACCCUCAGGGUGGGCCACAGCCGUCAAAUCAGCAGCAGCAACAGCAGCAGCAACAUUCCCUGACCCAGCUGGGUACUGGCAAUGGUGGGGAUCAGGGUCAGCAGAGGACCCCGACACACAUCAAGACAGAGCAGCUGAGUCCCAGCCACUACAGUGAGCAGCAGGGCUCGCCGCAACACGUCACCUACGGUUCCUUCAACCUCCAGCACUACACCGCCUCCUCCUUCCCCUCCAUCAGCCGGGCGCAGUACGACUACGGUGACCAGCAGGGAGCCGCCACCGCCGCCUCAUACUACAGCCACGCCGCAGGUCAAGGCUCCGGGCUCUACUCCACCUUCAGCUACGUGAGCCCCAGCCCGCGGCCCAUGUACACCCCAAUCACCGAUUCCGCCGGGGUGCCUUCCAUUCCUUCAGCUGGCCACAGCCCCCAGCACUGGGACCAGCAGCCUGUCUACACACAGCUGACGAGACCCUGAGGGGACGCAAGAGACUGACUCUUGUUCAACAACAAGGCUGACGACCCCCCUUCCCCUCGUACAGACUAAUCAAACACAGACACUUGAAUAAUUCUCCUUAAGGAAAAAGCUGGACUUCAAAAAGAAGACAUGAUGAGAGUCAUGACGUGCCUUAAAAAAAGAUAUAUAUAUACAAAGAGAACAGAAGCAGCCUGACGCAACGACUAGAUAUAUAUUUUUUAGCCUUGAUUACAAGAGAAACGUUUUUCUGAGAAAAGAGAAUCCUCUGUGAGGACUUUAAUUAUUUGUACUUUUAGUAUGUACUGUGUAUGUUUUCUUACUAUUUCUAAAAAACUGGCCUAUUGGAGGGAUUUUCAUACAAUUUUCAUACGUUUCUAUACAUUUCUCUGUAGGAAAAAAUGGUCUAUUUUUUGCUAAACCACUCUACACUAGCAGUCCUGUCUGUCUGUCUGUCCCGCUCACUCGCCAUCCCGCGUCUUCAUCGCCUCCUGCGUAUAGGAUACGUUUACAUGGCGAUGCGUCAUAUCCUUUUAUUUAUCUUCUCCUCUACGAUUUUCAUCACAUUCCUGAGAGGAACGAACUAUUACAGACUGUUCCGGACUGAGACCUUUUUCUAUAAAAUCCUUUCUUAAGUGCCGCCAGUGCCUGGUAACAGGGUGGUUGCUGUGGUGUCGCGGCAGGUGGACGAAAAAAAAAAAAAGAACACGGGAGCAGAAACCCGAGAAUUUCCUUAGUGCCUGACAGUCUUAUCAGCCUCAUCUCUCCAGUUUCAUCCUCUUAACCCCUCUAAUUUAUUUAUUAGCAUUAAUUUUAUUUUAAAGUAAUUAUGAGCAUUGUAUUCGUUAAUCCUUUAAAGGACUAAUUCGUUGUUUUUUUGGAAGCAUCCCUCUGGAUUAUUUUAAUGCUUAACCCGAGGGGUGCUCCUUAGUAUGGUACAGUUUCGUAAUCGUCGUGUUUAUUUAUCGUAUGUAGAAGUUUCUAUUUUAAUGUUUUAUUUUUUGGGUUUCUUCCUUUUUUCCUUCGUUUCUUUCUUGCUAACGCAUAUCAAUGAAGUACCGUCGCGAUUCCUAAACGAUCUCCAACUGGAACUGUUCCAACAGAACGUUUUUUUUUUUUUAUAUGAAGCUCUGAAGCUGUUUUGUCUUUUGUUUGCUUGUUCUUGUUUAGAGAUGCCAUCUAAUCUGAUCUAUUUUAAGAGUUUCUCUCUACUCUGUGCCACGUAUCUGAGUGCUGUUGUUACGCCAUCAGAAUCAACUCGCCCAUUUUUGCAUCAGAUUUAACGUUUUUCUUUAAGGAAGAUCAUCUUUUUUUAUGAUAUUUGCAAUAAAAGGAAAAAAUGUUUUAAACAAAA